AUGAGUAUGAAUGGAGACUGGAUGAAACCAGAGGACAACUAUGAAAUUCCCUUCAACUAUCACAGCAACCCGCGUGCGGAAAAGUUGAAAAAAUAUUCUCAUUCUAAACGCAUCGCUCAAGCAAUCAAGAUGGAAAAGUUCAACCUCUUCAACAUCAAGUUUGGAGCUCUGACUCUGUUGCUGCUCGUAUUGGGCCAGAUUGGCUCAUCAAGCCCUCUGCAUGAAGCCGAAGAUCCGAUCACCGUUGCCACCAUCCAGUUCCACAGCAAAACCGAUCAAGACCUGUGCACCGGCUACCAACUGAAUGGCAAGAUGUUUAUUGCCUUGGCUCGAUGCCUAGGAUCGGAUUCUAGCCAAAUCAACCAACUGCACGAGCUGGACGUCAUCGGUCAAGGACAGCAGAACGUUCAGGCUUUCGCCCUGCAGGCAGCCGGUUCGGAUUCCGCUGGGGACCUUGCCGUCAUCAUGUACAACGGUGCCGUUCAGGAUGCAUUCGACAUGCCACGGGACUCCGAAGCCGGAUUGUUCCAGAAGUUUGGCCUGCGUAGCCUGGUUCGUAUCGGACGUCGUCAGGAACCUCCAGCCGGUGAAAAUGGUAACGGCGGAAACGCCACGGAUAGUGCUCCCUUCGUCGGAACCAGUUCGCAGCUGCUUGGAGCCACCCUGACCCUUGUGGGUUCCGUUCUUUUGAUGCAUUGA